GGCUUCGAGCUCACCCACAACAACGACUGCAUGGACAUUGACGAGUGUUCAUCCCUGGUGGGGCAGGUGUGCAGGAACGGCCAGUGCAUCAACAGCGUCGGCUCCUUCCAGUGCCUGUGCCAGGAGGGGUACGACCGCACCCCCGACGGCAAGAACUGCGUGGACAUCAACGAGUGCGUGAGCCUGCCCGGGACCUGCUCCCCGGGCACCUGCCAGAACCUGGAGGGCUCCUUCCGCUGCAUCUGCCCGCCAGGCUACGAGGUGCAGAACGACAACUGCAUCGACAUCAACGAGUGCGAGGAGGAGCCCAACAUUUGCCUGUUUGGGACGUGCACCAACACCCCGGGCAGCUUCCAGUGCGUGUGUCCCCCGGGCUUCGUGCUGUCCGACAACGGGCGCCGCUGCUUCGACACGCGACAGAGUUUCUGCUUCACCCGCUUUGACAACGGCAAGUGCUCCGUGCCCAAGGCCUUCAACACCACCAAGGCUCGGUGCUGCUGCAGCAAAAUGCCCGGGGAAGGAUGGGGAGAUCCCUGUGAGCUGUGCCCGCAGGAGGGCAACGUUGCCUUCCAGGAGCUGUGUCCRUAYGGCCACGGGGCCAUCCCUGGCCCUGGUGACACCCGGGAAGAUGUGAACGAGUGCUCGGAGAACCUGGGCGUGUGCAUCAACGGCGCCUAUCUGGACGAGUGCGCCGAGGGGCUCCACGACUGCGAGUCCCGGGGGAUGCUCUGCAAGAACCUCAUCGGGACCUUCAUGUGCAUCUGCCCCCCGGGGAUGCAGCGCAGGCCCGACGGAGAGGGGUGCACAG